GUCCAGGAUUGGUUCAGAGGUCAUCUAAUCUUUUACUAAUUCACUACCUUGAGGAGAACAACGCAACUCGAAGUACACUUGUAACUCGUAAACAAUACAUCAAGGCACAGUAUACCCUUGAACACUCACACAUCAAAAACACACCACACCACUCUCAUCAUGUUCACUCGAACCUUCCGCCCUCUCGCCCGAACCCUCCCUGCCCUGGCCGCCACAGCCGGUCUAGCGACCGUCGGGUACAGCUCGAUCGUCAGCGAACGUAACCGCGUCUUCAACGAUGUGACCGGGUCGGGCAACUUUGAUUCUGGCAAGCAGCAGUAUAACGAGGAUUUGAAGGUCAACAGGCAUAAGAUCGCCGCGCAACACGGCGCAACCCCAGAGACCCCCAUCCACAACAACUCGACCUCUUCCACCUCGCACCACGUAGGUACCUCCAAGGUGGACGCCGAGGGGCACAACGUCCGACGAGGGGAUGGGACUCAGGCUUCCGAGGUUCCCGGGUUGGUCAAGGAUAAAGCCAAGGAGGCUAAAAAGGAGGAGCAGGCUGGGGGGGAGAGCGCUUAUAAUGAGGAGACGGGGGAGAUUAAUUGGGAUUGUCCCUGCCUCGGCGGGAUGGCCCAAGGUCCCUGCGGUGAAGACUUCAAGGCCGCCUUUUCCUGUUUCGUACACAGCGACCAGGAACCCAAGGGCGUGGAUUGCGUCGAAAAGUUCAAGGCGAUGCAGGAUUGUUUCAGGAAACAUCCCGACGUUUACGGCGAGGAGAUUGAGGAUGAUGAACCUCUCGGCCAGCCGACCUCGACGGACGGUCCCGGUCCUCUUUCCGGGGGUACCGUCUCUGGUUCUCCCUUGCCCAAGGACCACCCGGACCAGAAGAACGUACCCAAGCCUCCUACCGACGACCACCCGAACACCCCUCAGAGGACCGAUACUCAUUUGAACAACCCGGCCAAGGGUGUUGCCAAGCUCCAACCUAGGGAGAACCGGGCGGACAAGAAGGGCAAGGGAGCUGGUGACGGUUCGAUCUAGAGCCCCCCGGACACCGUGGUCCUGGAUCGAAUGAAACAUCGCAUUGCUCAUAACCCAACCAAAGAAAAGAAGAGAGAGAGAGGAAAGGAAAUCGGAGUGGAUUGUAAUCCCGAGGUCUUGAAUUAUGAAUGAAAAGAGAAAAAAGUUGACCACAUUUUGAUGUGGGACCGGGGAGAGG